CACCCAGCCCGGCCUGUGCAUCCUGCUUCCUCCCAGUCAGCUGAGGAGCCAGCCUGGCACUCUCAUUGGCCUGAGCCUUUACCUCACCUGGGCAGGGCCCAAAGCCAAGCUGUUCCCACACUAUAUCUAGCUGUCUCUCCGAGGAGUCUGCACCAGGACCUGGGACGUCCAGUGCCUUCCACUCAGACACGAUGAGCACAAUGGUACCCUUCCUGCUGUCGCUCCUGCUUGCUGUGGGUCCUGCAGUCUCCCAGGACACUCAGGACGGGCCUUAUUCCCUGACCUACCAUUCCAGUGGGAUCUCCGAGCCCAAGGAGGGCUUCUCCAGUUUUCAGGCAACUGGCUACCUCAACGACCAGGCCUUCUUCCACUACGACAGUAAAAGUGAAAAAGCUGAGCCCCUGGGCCCGUGGAAACAGGUGAAAGGAAUGGAGGACUGGGAGGAACUAAGUAAACUUCAGAAGGCCAGGGGGGACUUCUUCCUGAAGAACCUGAGAGACAUCAUGGGCUACUACAAGGACACAGGGAAUCACAUCAUGCAGGAAAAGCUUGGCUGCAGAGUUCGGAAUAACAGCUACGAUGGGGCCUUCUGGACUGUUGCCUAUGACGGGCGGGACUACAUCAGGUUUGACACGGAAAUCCCGGCCUGGAUCCCCCUGCAACCGGAAGCCCUGAACACCAAGGUGAAGUGGGAGACAGAGGGCUCCGUGCACCGGACAAGGGACUACCUGGAAGAAACGUGCCCCCAGAAGCUGCGCAAGUACCUGCAGUACAGCAGGCCCUUCCUGGACCGGCAAGACCCUCCCUCUGCGUCAAUCACCAGCCAUGUGGACCCAGGAAACAUCAGGACCCUCAAGUGCCUGGCCUCCAACUUCUACCCACAGCCAAUCAGUCUGUACUGGACUCAAGCAGACAGUGUGGUGGAGACUGAGUCGUGGGGAGAGGGUCCCAUCAGUGAGAAUGGCACUUACCAGUCCUGGGUGCUGCUGAAAAUCCCCUCUUCGGACAAAGGCCCCUACUCCUGCCACGUGCAGCACAGCAGCCUGGCCCAGCCCCUCACUGUCCCAUGGAAUAAGAGUCAGUGACCAGGGGGCUAACAGCACCGCGGGGUCCGGAGACCAGUCGGCACCCUUUCAUGGGGACAUGAGGGAGAUGAGCUCUGGAAUGAGGCCCAAGAGGAGCGGCGAAGGGGACAGAGAGGUGGUGGGUUGGGAGACACGAGACCUGAGUGCUGGGCACUGAGCUGACUUGCUGCUACCUUCCUCUCAGAACCCAUUAUCUGUUCCGUGAAGUCUAAUCACACUAAUCAACUAGCCUAUACACAUGAUAACCCAGAUUAUUAAACUGCUCAAUGCUG